CCGGCCAUGGAUGAUGAUUGGAUGGACAUCGAUAGCAGCGAUUCAGGCAACGAUGACCCUGGCCUCAACGAAAUUGAUAUGGAGAUCCUCGACUCCGUUGGUGAGGUCGAAACAGACGAAGAUGAAGACAUGGAUCUGGACAGCUCCGAUUCGAUUUCUGUCGAAGAAUCUGAUACGGACACCGAUGAAGAGCCCUACGAUGACGAUACAGAAAUUACAGAUCCCGGUCACUCAUCCCCGGCUCUGAAUCAUGGCGGAAAAACCGAGUGGCACGAAGGCAAUCUAUUGUUGAAAAACAUUGGUCUUGAAAAAUUGAACGAUAGGGGAUACGUCAACCUGAAUUCAAUUCACACAGAUCGGACGUUUGGUUACUCUCGUGAUCGAUCCCUUAGACCAGCUAGAUGGCGAGCAAAGUACGAAGUCCAGAAAGGCUUGUGUGCUCAAGUCAACGAGCCAUACACAACGAAGCGCAGGGACAAGGAAGGGUACGGAAAGCUGGACGAGUUUCAUCGCAUUCAUCCUAUAUUUCGUCAAGACAAUUGGACUAUAGACGAUCUGUUGUUGGGGGCCGAAUCGAAUUGCUUAUUCAACAAGCUGAAACCAGUGUUGCAGUUAGCUACCCUGCUUCUCGAAGACGAAAACAUCGUUGGUUAUAUCUUCAGCAUGCUCGACGUCGACAGUCACAAGCAGAUCACCUUGGAUGGUAUAGAGGAGGAUCUAGGCGAAAAAGUGUUCUGGUUUGAACCACGUCAUAACCUCAGCGAAAAGGAGAGACAAACGGUCUGGAGAGAGCUCUAUGAGUUGUCCAAGACUCUUCGGUGGACCGAGGAGGAAGGGCUUGACUUACAUGGCUGCACGAGGGGCCCGCGAGGCUCUAUUGAGAUAGCCCUGAACAAACGGCACAUCGACGAAGUCUGCAGAGAAGUCUCGUGUAUCGAGGAUGCCAUCGAUUGGACCCCGGGCUCUGACGAAGAGUCCGCUCGAUUGAGAGUCAAGUUUCUUCUCGCCAGCACGAUGGUCCACGAGGUCAUGCAUGCGCUGUGGCGCAACAAGUACUAUCCCAAUCAUGAGCCUUUUCGCAUGGACACCGUAGUUGCAGAACUGGGGUUUCAGUGGGAACAACUGCUAUUCUCUGGUAUAAUCGAUAAUCCAACUGAAGACAGAGGUAGUCCUUAUAUCUUAUGCAUCGAUGAUUGGCCCUUUCCUUACGAAGGAGAUGAAACAGAUCCAACAAAACUCAUGAGCCCCAAGAAAUGGGGAAUGAGCAAUGUCUUUCGAGAAUUUGCCGUGGAGAUGAGCUUCGUUCAAAGCAUGUUUACACACGAGUUCUGGGCGCAAGUUAAUCGAUAUGGCAUUGCGACCUUUCGGCCUCGAAGAAUGUUGGGUGUACGAAAGGCUGUGGUGUCAGAUUACUGGGAGUGUGAAAGCCCUGUUAUCAGGGGACCUGGUGACGGCGAACCUCCGAGUCCGGAUGGUGCAGAAUCCAAGGGCAUCAUUGACAGACAUUGA